GCGCUCCGCCGAGCUCGGGUCCACAGCUCUAUGGGGAAAGCGGCCGCUCUGAGCCGAGGCGGCGGCUGCGCUGGCCGCUCCCGCGGACUCUCGUCGCUGUUCACGGUUGUGCCCUGCCUGUCCUGCCACACGGCGGCGCCGGGCAUGAACUCAUCCACGUUCGGCUCAGGGCCAGCGCCAAAGCCUCAGCUCCAGCCUGUGCAGGCACCAGAGCGGGAGUUGCUGUCGGAACAGGUGUGUCAGCCUGUUUCUGAGCCGGCGUCGAGAUCCGAACCUGGGUCCCAGACGACGUCUGUGCCAAGACCCCCAGGGGUUGGGCAGGAAUCGGAGCUACAGGGCUUGUGGCCGGGGUCAGAGAACGGCACAAGAGCAGAGUCUGUGUCCAUCAUCAAAGCUUCGCCAGAGCUGCCAAUGCCGUCCCCGCUGCAGUCAACAGCAGGGAGUUUGCCCGUCACCAAACCCGAGUCCAAGCUGGUGCCAAAGACCCAGACUUUUCUGCGACAAGGACAGGCGAAGACUUCUGCCGGGAUUCCGGUGUCAGGGACUGGUGUCCAAAUGGUCUCACCACCUCCGGACAGCUACAAGGGCUGGCUCCUCAAGUGGACUAACUACCUGAAGGGCUACCAGCGCCGCUGGUUCGUGCUCGGCAAUGGCCUGCUGUCCUACUACAGAAACCAGGGUGAAAUGGCCCACACCUGCCGUGCGACCAUCAACCUGGCCUCCACACACUUUGAAACAGAGGACUCUUGUGGAAUCCUGCUAUGCAACGGGGCAAGGACCUACCACCUCAAGGCCAGCUCAGAGGUGGACCGGCAGCAUUGGAUCACUGCUCUGGAGCUGGCCAAGGCCAAGGCUAUCCGUGUGAUGAAAACUCAGUCAGAUGAUUCUGGGGACGACGACGAAGAGCCCGCUGCUCCAGCUGACAACAGUGAGCUCCACCACACUCUUAAGACCCUCUCACUGAAGUUAAAUGACCUCAGCACGUGCAAUGACCUCAUUGCCAAGCAUGGCGCUGCCCUCCAGCGCUCCCUGAAUGAGCUGGACAGCCUCAAGAUCCCAUCAGAGUGUGGGGAGAAGCUGAAGGUUGUGAACGAGCGGGCCACCCUCUUCCGCAUCACAUCAAAUGCUAUGAUCAACGCCUGUAGGGACUUCCUGGAACUAGCUGAGACUCACAGCCGGAAAUGGCAGCGGGCUCUGAAUUAUGAGCAGGAGCAGCGUGUCCACCUGGAGGAGACAAUUGAGCAGUUGGCCAAGCAGCACAACAGUCUUGAACGGGCCUUCUGCAACACCCCUGGCAGGCCAGCCAGCUCCAGCAAGAGCUUCAGCGAGGGAAGCUUCUUGACUUCCAAAGGAGAGAACAGUGAAGAAGAUGAAGAUACUGAAUACUUUGACGCCAUGGAAGACUCUACAUCUUUCAUCACCGUAAUCACCGAGGCCACGGAAGACAGAAAGCCUGAGAGCGGACCUGGGACAACCACUGUGGACUGGACCUCAGCAGAUAAUGUACGUGAGGUAUUAGAUGGCGCCUCACUCAUGCCCAAGGAUUCAUGCAAAGUUAAGAGGCGAGUCCGCAUCCCCGACAAACCCAACUAUAGCCUUAACCUCUGGAGCAUCAUGAAGAACUGUAUUGGCCGAGAGCUCUCCCGGAUCCCCAUGCCGGUGAACUUCAAUGAGCCCCUGUCCAUGCUCCAGCGACUUACAGAGGACCUGGAGUACCACCACCUGCUGGACAAGGCGGUGAACUGCACCAGCUCGGUGGAGCAGAUGUGCCUGGUAGCCGCCUUUUCUGUGUCCUCCUACUCCACCACGGUGCACCGCAUCGCCAAGCCCUUCAACCCUAUGCUCGGGGAGACCUUCGAGUUGGACCGUAUGGAGGACAUGGGCCUGCGUUCCCUCUGUGAGCAGGUGAGCCACCACCCCCCGUCUGCUGCCCACCACGUGUUCUCUAAGCAUGGCUGGAGCCUCUGGCAAGAAAUCACCAUCGCCAGCAAGUUCCGAGGGAAAUACAUCUCUAUCAUGCCACUCGGUGCCAUCCACCUAGAAUUCCAGGCCAGUGGCAAUCACUACGUGUGGAGGAAGAGCACCUCCACCGUGCACAACAUCAUUGUGGGCAAGCUCUGGAUUGACCAGUCAGGGGACAUUGAGAUUGUGAACCACAAGACCAAGGACCGGUGCCAGCUGAAGUUCGUGCCCUACAGCUAUUUCUCCAAAGAGGCAGCCCGAAAGGUGACUGGAGUGGUGAGUGACAGCCAGGGCAAGGCCCACUAUGUGCUGUCAGGUUCAUGGGAUGAGCAGAUGGAAUGUUCUAAGAUUGUGCACAGCAGCCCCAGCUCUGAUGGGAAGCAGAAAACCGUAUACCAGACGCUGCCCGCCAAGGUGCUGUGGAGGAAAUAUCCACUGCCGGAGAACGCAGAGAACAUGUACUAUUUCUCGGAGCUGGCCCUGACCCUCAACGAGCAGGAGGAAGGCGUGGCGCCCACCGAUAGCCGCCUGCGGCCGGACCAGCGGCUGAUGGAGAGGGGACGCUGGGAUGAGGCCAACACCGAGAAGCAGCGACUGGAGGAGAAGCAGCGCCUGUCCCGGCGACGGCGGCUGGAGUCGUGCACGGCGGGCUGCGGUGGGGAGGAAGAGAAGGAGUCAGAUGGCUAUGCGCCGCUCUGGUUCGAGAAGAGGCUAGACCCGCUGACCGGGGAGAUGGCCUGCAUUUACAAGGGCGGCUACUGGGAGGCCAAGGAGAAGAAGGACUGGCACAUGUGCCCCAACAUCUUCUGAGACACUCCUGCGGCAAAUACAGGCGUCUGCACUGCCUGCCAGCCUUUUCUUUAAUGCACCCAAUUUACUACACACAUGCUUUCGAAAGGGUAAGGGCUGACCUGGGUUCUUGCCAGCCCCCAGGUUGCCGGGUCACCUGUGCCCGUUGUUAUCAUUGACUUGGGCCCCAUGGGCACCCUAGUUCCCAGUUACCAUAACUCAGGCCGGCUGGCCGGGCCAUGGGCUGCCCAGGUCCCUAACCCCAACCCAGGGAGGAAAUAUUUCCCCUCCCACCCCCGCUAGGGAGUCUCUUUUGACUUUUUUAAGAAAAAAAAAAAAACUUCAUUUCUUUCCAACGAUGAAGUUUAGUAAAUAUUUUUAGCAUAUCACUUAAAAGACUCACUUUCCAAGUGUUUGUUCUUGCCACAUAACUGUCCUGGCAAGAAGCCCUUUUUUAAAAGACGUGAGGAAGCCAGGCCCCUUUGAAUGGGGAGCACUUUUAACACAGCCAGGCUUUCUAUCUGGACUGUCCAAGCUCCAGGGACGCAACACCGCGGAGGCAGCAGGAAGCCUAGCUGGCACCGAAGCAUGGUGUGCAGAACCCGCAGGGGGAGCAGAGGAAGGUAGAAGGCAGCCCCCCCCCAGCCCCCGUGCCAGGCCUUGGCCGUGCUGGGACAGUACCCCAGAGAGGCCAAGAAGGGCUGUAAGGCAGGGCCCUUAGGUGCUUCCUGCCCAAGAAUCAGGCCCCCAAAUCAGCAAUAAGGAACAAACCCUUCAUUUAGCCUGGGCUGGUGACCCAGGCAGGCUCCUGACACCUGGCCUCCCUCCUGCCCUUAGGCAGCAUCAGAGUGCCUCUCCUCAGCACUCCUGACAUCUUUAUUUGCCUAAUUUAUAUAUAUGAUAUACAAAUAUAUAUAUAUAACAUAACUAUUUUGCUUAAAUUUCUAUGAUACGUGAAAGUGAAAAAUGAUGAAGACAGGCAUGCCUGUCUGAGUUUGGCCUUCUGUCGGCCCUGCCCUCUCAUUGUCCUCCCGGUGGCUUCUGCCAACCUUAGACAUGAAACCUGUCCCUCACACCCUCAGCCUCCAACCCAUCUCACUUCAGUUUGAUCUGGAAAGUUCCUUGCAGGGCCUUUCUUUCUACUCCAGGCCUAGUUUUGAUUUUUGUUUUGUUUUGUUUUUAUUAAAAAAAAAAAAGAGAGAUAAAGGGAAAACACCACGUAUGAAAUGCCUUACAACGCCCACUCUAGAGAGGGGUGGGGAGGGGGAGGGCACCUGGUCUCCCUCAGAGCUGGACUGUACCACUUCCCAGCAGGCGUGAGCAAACACCUUCUGACCACAAUAAAACUCUUGGUUCUGGAGUUUUCC